UGUCUUUCGAGUUAUUAUAAAGAAAACAUUAGAAAAUAUUGGAAGUGUAAUAUCGUUAUUGCAAUAACAUAUGAAAAUUAUAAAUUUUCAACAAUCUAUUAUAUUGAGUCGGAACUAGGAUGUGUUACUGUUACGUAAUUGCUCGAUGAUAAGAGUCGUCAUAGACUGUGGAAUUCGUGAUUCAUAGGUGUCGAAUUUUGUAAAAAAAAUUAGUAAUGCGGUUGCAUAGAAGCUAAAUUUGUUCGUUUGGGCAUGAAACUACAGCGACAAUAAACUAAAAUAACAAUACAAGUUCCGGAUUCUGAAAAAAUGUUACGCGAGUUAACUGCUUGGGUGCUGAAUAAUUACCUAGGAAAAUAUGUAGAAAACCUUAAUACGGCGCAACUGACAAUUGCGUUGUUGUCUGGGCAAGUUGAACUCGAAAAUCUACCGUUGCGUAAGGAUGCUCUUCGCUAUUUGGGACUUCCACUGCAAAUCAUCAAUGGCACAAUCGGCAAAAUAAAACUUACUGUACCAGUGCGCCAAUUUCGUACCGCUUCUUGGUGCUUGAAUAUCGACAACGUUAACGUAAUCUGCGGACCAAUUGAUCUAAAUGAAUGGAAUUCGGAAAUUGAGCAGCAAACAGAGCUUGACUUCAAAAUUGCUGCUCUCGAUCGCAUCGAAGCGAAAUGGCGAGCACUGCGAGAAACCCCUGUAACUGAGGGAAGCUAUUAUGCAUCUUCUUAUUCUGGAUGGCUCAGCUACGGAACAUCCUUAAUAACAAACAUAAUUGAAAAUUUGCAACUUAAAGUAAACGGUAUUCAUAUACGUUACGUAGACGGAUUAACUAUUCCCAACCAAACGUUCGCCUGUGGGAUUAACAUUGAAGCACUCUCGGCGCAGAGCUGUGACGCCAACUGGCAACCGGGGCAGACCUCUAACUGGAGCCAACAGCAAGUAACGUUCAAACUUGUAGAAUUAACUAACUUUGCCAUCUACUGGGAUCCGCUCGCUCGGGAAGAACAAGUUUACGUAAUCAGUCCGAUAAGUGCAAAAGCCCAGCUGAAACGUGACCGCAGUGACACUCCAUUACGGACGCGCAGCCGACCGCGGCUGGUAUGCGAUUUGAUAUGGGAUGAAAUAAAGAUAACGCUCAGUGAUGUCCAGUAUAAUCAAAUGAUGCAAUGCGUUCGAGGAUUAGACGAUAUUGCAAGGUACCGUCGAUUCAAGCUGUAUCGGCCGAAUUGCAAUGUUGCCGACGAUCCCAGAGCAUGGUGGCGUUAUGCGAUUCGCUGCCAUGGACUCAUGCGAUACUCCGAAGUUGAUCCAUUUGUCAGAAUCAAAGAAAACAUGCGUUACAUCAACGUAUAUAGCCGGGUGGUUAGUAAUCCGAAUGAAGUGUUGUCGAUUGAAAACAAGUCUUUCAAAGAUCAAAUAGAGCGGGAACGCGAUUUUGAUGAAUUACGAUUGCUGAGAGAUGUCUGCAUGAUGCGAGUUCCUACGAUGACAGAAAACUCUCCUGCACAGAUCAAUCAAGGUAAAAGUAUGUUGGUACAUUUUUUCCCACAAUGGUGGGGAUGGUACAACAAUAAUAAUGGAAGUCCAACUGAUUUGAUAUCGAAUGAUCAAGGCGAUGAAAGCUCCGAAGCAAAUUGGAGUAAAGAUCAGGAAUUCAAUCCCAGCAGUAGUUUCGAAGACGAAAUUUUGAAUGCCCUGGCCGAUUCGGUAGAUACAAAUUCACUGUUGAAGAGAGAUGCAGUUUUUGGAAAAUUCAAUUUUGUCUUGAAGCGGGGAACAAUGGACUUUUGCAGCGGGCUUGGGAUUACUCCAAUGCUGCAGUUCCAAUUUCAAAAUCUCAAGCUUGACGUAGAAACAAGACCACGUAGUGGAUCACAUUACCUUAGUUUAUCGUUAGGAUCUGUUUUGAUAAAGGAUUGCCUGACACAGAAUUCGCAGUUUGCUGACUUGGUAAAGCCUCAAGCAAAAGAAGAACAGCUACCCCUUAAUCCAAAGAUAGGGCCGAUCAGGACGAGAAGCCAAUCUAUGCAGCAGGGUACUAUUGCAGAGCCAAUUUUUGAAGUGCAAUACGAACGAAAACCUCUUUCGUACGAUACUGAUUAUAGGUUGAUGGUUAAGUCGCAAUCGUUAGAUAUCGUAUAUAAUACUGAAGCAGUCAAAUGGUUGAUCGAUUUCUUGAUAAAACCACACCAGCAAUAUGAUACUCGACGUAAAAUAGAAGAUAUGAAAAAUAAAACAAAAAUGGAAUUCGUGCGUAACUGGAAGAAUAUUCUUGAAGGACACCUAAAUGCAAGAAAAACAUGGACUCUAGAAUUUGACAUAUUCGCCCCACAGAUUAUUUUUGUGGACAACUUUGCUGAUCGUCAAAACAGUACAAUCGUGGUGGUAGAUUUCGGUCGUUUGCAACUUACUAACGGAAAUAGACCAUUUACGGGGGCCACAUCUGAUAAGAUAAAUAAUGCCACUACUUCCCCUGAAGCGAAAACUGAAAACGACGAAGAUGAUGCAUUUAUGACACCUUGUUCAACACCUCCUGGGUCGGAAGCGAGUACAACCAACUCACCAACAUUGGAGUCUGCCUUUUCUGAACUACCAGAGAUAAAUCCAGCCGGCGCUGACUCUUUGGACGAACAUGCCCUAUAUCAGAAGUUGUACGACCGAUAUCAGCUUCAUCUAACAGAUCUUCAAGUAUUGGUAUGCCGCGGAAAAGAACGUUGGAAUUUCGCCAGUACUAAAGGCACAUCAACACUACACGUAUUAGAUCGUUUCAGCAUAUCUUUACAAGUUGAAAGGCGUGUGGUCUAUACAAAUGAUCCCCAGUAUCCGAGUUUAACGUUAUCCGGUACACUACCAAAGUUGAACGCCCACAUCAACGAGUAUAAGCUGUCUACACUAUUUACUUUAAUCGAUACUCUCACAAAAGCGGGUACGUUGCGAGUUGGUGGCGAUGUACCGGAUGCUGCGGAAAACAUUGUUAGUGAUAGUGAAAUCGAUCCUAAAUCGGAAGUUUAUGACGGUACUGAUUCAAGUUCAAUCCAACGGCAAGGGUCCUCUAACAUUAUCGUAUUCCAAUUCACCAUUGAUCAACUAUCGCUGGAAGUACAGUCACGAGGUAGAAGUAUCGUGGAAUUGCAAGUAACUGGCGUCAAAGCUGGUUACAGUAAAAGGCCGGAGGAUGUGACAUUAACACUGUCCGUUCAUGGACUUCUGCUGGCCGACGCCAUGCAAUCAUUUGGACCAGAUUUUGAACUACUUAUCGCCAGCCAUAGACAUGUGGGAAUGGAUAGCCUGUCCGGCAGCCUUCGACAAAGUGAACCAUGCUCUCCAUGUUCCCCUGGUUCGCCAGAUCCUAAUACGGAAAAUCGCCGACCAACUAGUCCGCUCACGAUUUCGAAAGCGCUAAGUAAUCUACAAAGAGAAGUAACUUCUCCUACUUGGAACGCUGCUCAAUUUGGUGAUCUAGAUGCACUCAUAACGGUCGAAAUCAUAUUCAUCAAUAGCAAUAACUUAGAGGACAAGCUGCAGGUGGCCAACAUCCAGUUUAAUAAUUUGGAUAUUAUAGCUAACCAAGAAACUAUCGUGGAACUGGUUGGAUUCAUUAAACGGGUUAUUCCGAAGGCACCACCGAAACCACCGGACCAAACGGGACCAACACAAAAGUCUGAAGAUAUUCAAGCAUCUACUGCAUCUCUGGCACCGAUGGUAGCCAUCAAAAAUGAAACAGAUACCAGCAUUCCAGGUCGAACCGAAAUUACUUUUGAUUUUCACCGACUCAACGUGCUAAUUUUGCGAGCAUUGAUGCGUGAUAACUACCUAGUAGGACGCAAAGUGGGAACUUUCACCAUGUCCGAAGCAAAAAUUCAUGCUUCCCUUGGAACUCUUAUGGCCGUAGAAGGAUCACUGGGAGGUCUUCAAGUACUGGAUCUAACGCCAGAAGGCAUCAAUCACCAAAGGAUACUUUCAGUGGGAAAAGAUCCACUUACCGAUCCACCCACGAUUCGACGCACUGGACCUGAUCUGAUGACCUCACUAACACAAGAAGUCUACGGCAAUCAAUCAAAGGAUUCUAUGGACGGAUUAGUCGAAGAAAGGCAAGCGCUUUCCUUUUCGGUUUCUAAAGACGCUAAUGCCAUAAUCGAUGUACGUGUCAAAAUGGCUUCGGUGUGGUUUAUUCAUUGCGCUCGGUUUAUGCAGGAGCUGAGCUGGUGCGCUUCAGAAUUCAAACAUUAUCUGAAAAAUUUGGCUCGCUCGAUCCGAGACAAGGCAACGGAUAUGGCACUUGGCUUGGUGCAGUCUAGAAGCGACCUUUCAAGCAGUCGACCUGAGAGUAUCUAUAAUUCACCACGUAAAACUAAACGUCAGAGAACAGUGUCACUAUCAAAGACCCAUGAAGUUUUGCUAAACUCUGAAUAUACACUGAAAGUCGACAUCACACUUGAGACCCCUGUGCUGAUAUUACCGAGAUCAAGUAGCAGUACACAAGUACUGGUGGCUCAUCUCGGGAAGAUCACGGUGAGUAAUACCCAUGAACAACAAAAUGGUCAUGCAAAUACUAGUCAAAAUAACAUUACAACAAUAAUCGCCGAUGUAGAUAAAGCUAUGUACAAUCUCAGCGAUCUUGAUGAAAUUUUUGAGCCAUCCGCUGAAGAAAAUGGUUUCAAAGGAAUUCGUUUUGGCAAGGACGAAUCAAUGGAAUUUAUAGAUGAUGCACCACAGAACUUUGAGUUGUACAAAAUCGAUAUAAAGAAUAUUAAUCUUUAUUCGUUAGAUACGAUGAACAGAAAAGGUUUUCGAUAUUCCGCACUGCCACGAGCGGAAGAGUUCUAUUCGUGCAAGGAAAAUGCCAUUCCAAUUAUACAUGACACAAUCUUCUCGCUCGAGAUAUCUAGAGAUAGUGCCGAGAACGAUAACGAUGGUUUUCGAGUCUUCGGUUGCGUUGUAAAACCUCUACGAUUAUCUCUAAAACGACAACAGUACGAACAACUGCUGGAAACCUUCGACAAUCUUUUCAAAAUUCCCAAAGAUUUGACUCGUCCACCAACGGAACCUUCAACAUUGGCCGAUAGACAUCCAGAAAUUCUUGAAGAGUCAACAUUCAAUGCUUUUCCCAUUACGGAUAAAGUGCGUCGUGGUCUGAUGUAUCAAAGCAGCUUUGAAGAGAAACCUUCUUCCCUAAACAUAAAGUUGAAUUUUGAACUUCCAACAUUUAUUAUACAGCUGAACGACGGAAACAAUGUACCUCAAAUACAAAUCUCCUUCAAAGAUUUUUCCGUAAUCUUCGAGAAACGUAACAUUUACGAAACGCAUCUUAAAAUAUCUUUGCGAUCAAUCAUGAUGGAAGAUCUACUUCAACCCGACACAGCGAAAAAUCGUUAUAUGGUAAUUUCGUCCUCACAAAACAAUCAAUAUGGUCGACCAGCGUCAUCAUUUGCUUCACACUCUUGUCCAAAUUUGGCCGGACUUUUAACCAACAUCGAGGAAUUACCAAGCUCCUUGCCAAACAAUCUAAACGACAAAACAUGCUUUUAUUUCCUAACAGCAAAUAAAACACUUUGUCCUGAUACCCCUCCACCAUCUCCCUCAGUACAAAGACAGCAAAACAGAACCGAUAUCGGUGAGGAAGCUAAUCUUGUCAUUUAUACAUCGCUAAUGGUUGAUCCAGGAUGUCCGACGUUCGCCACUCAAUUCAACUCUCUGCAACAAUCCAGUUCUAUUGACUUUAACAGUCUCGAUCUUAUCGUAUCAGUGGAGAGUUGGUUCGUGCUGUUAAAUUUCUUUGGCUUACUUAACGAUGACGAAUCUUCAAGUGGUACGCAGAAGUCUUCAUCUGAGCAAACGAAUCGCGAAAAGAAUUUCAACCGUAGUCAUACGAAACUAGACAUUUCAGUGCGAUCGCUGUCGCUAGUAUUGGCUAAGCCAGAAUACGAAAUAGCGAAAGCCAACGUGUCCAAUGCCAAUUUCACCGUAUCCCAGCGAUGUCAAACGAAGCAGGUCGAAGGCAGACUCGGAUCGAUUACUUUGAGCGAUCUAACGCCGUAUGGUUUUAUGUAUCGUGAAAAAUUUAUGACCACUGGUAAUGAAGCCCUGAGUUUUCUGUACAUCCGAGAUGCGGCUAAAACCCAUGCAAGGACGCUUCAGAAGGAUGCUGUUUUGAAAAUAGAAAUGUCUUCGGUACGGUUUGUACACACCAAACGGUUUAUUGCGGAGAUACAAUUGUUUUUCAAGGAGUUUUCUCAACUGCAAACUCCGGUAAUGCGAAAAAUUAAAACGACGGACUCUAAGGCUAACCUCAAUCAACGACCAACGCAGCUAGGAUUGGAGAUCAAUGCUGGAGCACCAAUUUUAAUAUUUCCAAUGGCGUUUAAUAGUGAGCACGUCAUCGUUGCCGAUUUGGGUGAAUUCACGCUAAAGAAUGAAUUCCGAAUGAGUGAUGAUCCGGAAGUUAUCAGUGUUUCCUCCAGCAGCACGAUCAAGGAGGUUUUGGAUGUAAUGCACAUUAAUUUAUUCCAUACGAACAUCUUCGCUGCUCGUCGUGUGUUAAAGCCAGAUGAAGACCCCCAAACGACGCAAUUUGAUAGCGACAUUACGAUUGAUAUGAAGUGCUAUUGGUUAGUGAAGCAAGGACCAAGCUUGUUGAAGGAAAAAUGUCACCUAAAGCUACAAGUCGAACGAAAUAUGGAUUCAUGGAAUAGUCAUUUCGUUCCAGACAUCAGCGUGCACGGAACACUAUCGAAAUUAGAAGCUGUACUAGAUUUGCAGCAGUACCGACUGGUACGGGGAUUCUUAUCGUACAAUCUAGGUGAAUCAUUGGAUGAGCUCUAUCUUCGGCCGAUGUACAUUGCAAACAGUAGCUUAAGUUUGAACACUGAUAGUGAUCUGAUUGAAGAACCAUGGAAAAAUCUUUCCAUACACCUUGAACUGCAAGACGUUUCUGUACGACUGGAAGCAUUGAAUACCGAUGGAAAACCUACACCGCUAGCAUGUAUUAAUUUUAUAAAAUCCAAACUACUGGUAGAUUCACUCAGUGACGGAGCGCAAGAUAUUGAUCUGGUUUCUCAGGAAAUACUAAUCAAAGACACCAGAUCCGAUGAACCCUCUUCCCGUGAUGAAAUGCGAAAUGUUUUUUCCAAUAUACUGCAGCCAAUAGUAAGUGAUUUCACGGAUGGCCAAGUGCAAGCGGAGAUACAUAGCAGACGACGAAAAGACUUAACAAAAUUCACCAUCCUUUUGAAUAAUAUGCGUAUGAUGGCUAUUUUGGACUGGUUGGAGAGUGCCAAAGAUUUUAUAUUGCAGCAAGAAGAUCAACCCCAAGCUGGAUUACAGCUGCAAAACAACGAACGUUUAAUUUCAGUAGAUGCAAGCAAACGAACACCAGUGACUGCAGAGAUCAAUCGAAUAGAGCUAAAGUUAAAUAUAACUGACUCCGAAUUAGUACUGGUAGAGAAAACGGAUCAACACGACUCGAAUGCUGUUAUUUUAAAGAGUACAACCGUAUUAUCAUACCGACCAUUUGAAAACUCUAGGAUAUUGUCCAUCAAUCUGAACAAUUUAGAGGUUUUUUCCUGCGUACUUGGAUCAGAGGAAGGCACUGCACUAUCGAUCAUUGACCCGAUCACUGUGAAUAUGGAUCUUCGGCAAGGCGUGCUGGAUAUGCAAAUGCAGAAACAACUGUGCAUCCGCCUGUCCUAUCACGACGUCAAAAUGUUUCAGCGAAUGCUAGAAUCUCUUCCAGGUCAAACCAAGUAUGCCCGAGAUAGCAAGCAAGCUAGCAUCGAAGAAAGCUCCGAGGCAAGCACUGCUGUCGAAAAGCUCGUUCUCUUAGGAUUUAACCGUGUUGACUGCCUGAGUGCUUUGGAGAAGUGUAACUAUCACAUAGAUGAUGCGGCUCUUUGGUUGACGCAAAAUUCGGAACCGUUAAAAUAUACAGCAGAAACCCAAAAAAUGGUGGAAGCGAUAGAGUUGAAGGCACCGUGCAUAUCAAUAUGCAUUAUCGAUGAUUGUCGGGAUGCAGAUGUGCCCUUUGUUGAACUUUCCUUGAACAAGUUGGAUCUUAGGCAAGAAAUGGGUCAAUGUUCACCUGUGGCUGCUACCGAUGGAAACGACGGCGAUGCUACUCCCGCUAUAGAGGCAUUCUCAACGACUUUUUCUGGUUAUAAAUCAGGCCGUAUGACCGGUGUAUUUGCAAGUGAUUAUUAUAACCGAGCUUUGAGUGGCUGGGAACCGUUAAUAGAAACCUGGAAGGUAGAAGCUCAUUGGGGCUACAGUUUGGGACAAAUUGGAGCAAACCGAAACCGGCUUAACCUAAAAAUUGAAAGCAACGAUACAUUAAGACUGAACAUCACUAGCACAUUAAUAGACCUUUAUCAGUUGGUCAAAGAAAACUGGAUUCAGGAUUAUUACAACUCUGCGAAUUCCGCUUGUAAAAGUCCGGUAAAUUAUCGAAGAAGGACUCCAUUCGUCCCAUUUGCCAUAAAGAAUGAUACAGGAGUAAGAUUGUGGUACACAACAGUCUUAUCGUCAGAAUCAACGAGAUCAACUGUACUGUCAGAUCGGGACACGCAAUGGAGUCAGGUUGACCCGGGAGGAACAGCAAGUUUCUCCUAUGCUUCAAAAGGUAAACAACGUCACCGUGAUACGCACAAAUUGAACCUACAUCAAAUAGCUGUGCGUGUCGAAGGUUGGCAAGAGGUUGGGCCAAUAUCCGUCGAUCGAGUUGGAACGUUUUUCCGACAUGCACGACCGGACCUCAUUGAAGACUCACAAGCGCCGCGAGCACGAAUUGUAUUUGCUGUUUCACUCGAGGGCUCGGCUCAGAAAUUGAUUACUGUGCAAUCUGCGCUUAAGUUGACCAAUAAGCUGGAUAAUGCGGUGCUGGUAAAAAUGGAACACUUGUAUGGUCAUUUGAAUAUUCGUAACUGGCCUGACACGAACACGCAGAUACUUCAUUCGAAUGAAAUUUUAAAUAUUCCUUUAACUCACGUGCAUGCAAUUCUGUACUUUCGUCCUCUACCGGCAAAUGUUCCUUUACUCGAAGACGUUAGUGCUAAUCAAUCACGCUCGGAGGAAUUAAGCAAUUCCAGUGAUGGCUGGACAUUAUUACAAAAAUUUGACAUUCAUAAAUCAUUCAACAACAACAAUGGAUUUCAGUUUACUGAUAAAGGAAUCCGAUGGAACGAAGCGAUUGAGACGAACGAGCUCUACCAGGAGUUGCGAGCUUGUCGUGGACUACGGGAAAGGUCAUACAAAAUGUUAGUUUCUAUUCGAAAAGAACCUUACCCUUCCAAAGAUGUCAUACUACUUCCUGGUCAUUCUAUAACCCUGUGGCCACCAGUCAGAAUUCAUAAUCUGCUACCGUGCGAUUUACUGUACAAACUACCGUCUGGCACUCAGGGCAGAAUACCUGCUUCCAAAACAGCAAAAAUCACUGAAAUUGAUAUGGAACAGCCGGUGGGAUUGACUUUAACUUUAGACAGCUAUCCGGAAGCAGGACAAAUUAGUAUACCGGCAGGUUUUUACGGAUCAACUGAACUGGAUGUGCGACUUUUUGAUACAAAGUCUAGAAUGUUGAAAUUACGAGCUUGCAUUCACAUCGUUAGAGGUCGUGGAAUACAAAUAUCAGUCAGCGCCCCGUUCUGGCUAGUAAAUAGGACAGGUAUUCCCUUGGUAUUUCGCCAGGAUGAUUUAGACAGCGAAUGCUCCGGUCAAUUUUCAGAAAACGAGCAAGCUCGCAUGAUUUCCCCGUUCAUGUUUGCGUUUUCUGAUCCUUCCAGUUCGGGAUGUCUUACUAUGCGACUCGGAAGGCGCUUCGGUCAAGGCUUGCAAUGGUGCCAACCAUUUAAACUCGAGCAAGGUAUCAAACACAGACAGCUUAUCUGCGGCAAAGAAUCUUUCAUCAUUGGAAUCGAAGUACGGCGAGCGCGCGGUCGUUAUAAUCAAACUGCUAUCGUUACCUUCUCCCCCAGAUAUCAGUUGUACAAUCGAAGUUCCUUUAAACUUCAAGUUUUACAGAAAUGCUUUACAGAUACUGUGUAUGACCCAGCAGCAAAAUCAGCUUAUAUAGAGGCUGUUCCUGGAUGCCAUAUAGCUUUUCAUUGGCCACGUUUAGACAAGGAGCAGGAGCUGUGCGUUCGCUUACCCGAUGUUCAUGAAUGUCUGUGGUCUGCUGGAAUUCCUAUUUUCGAAACACAAAGUCUAUAUAUCAACAUUCGAACGGUAAACGGUGCGAUGCAAUUUCUUCGGUUAGAAACAAUUCUUCAAGGCGCGACUUACUUCAUGAUAUUCAGUGACGCUCAGUCGUUACCGCCACCAAUUCGACUUGAUAAUUAUUCAGAAGUACCAAUAAGGUUUCACCAGGCAGCUGUAAAACUACAAUUCAAAACAACAGUGCGACCAAGAAGUUCAAUAGCUUAUGUAUUGGACGAACCACUAGGCAACAAGUAUCUACAAAUAGAAGCACCUGGUGGCGAUUUCGAAAACUGCUCUCUAAACGGGUUCGACAAUUUUCGACUAACUUACGAGAAUUUUAUAUACAUCGCCUUCAGCCAAACCUUCGAAUCAACGCCUUCCUUUGAAUAUAGGACGGCCAGUGACUUGGAUGUGAAAUCACAGCAACUCGUUCUAGCGGUUAUCGACAACCGGGUAGUUCUUACCCGCAAGCAAGCUGGUGAUCGUUCUCAACUGUGGAGAAUGAAUCAUGAGAAGCAAUUGGAGCAUGAAGGUUCCUCCCCACCAAGUGAACCGGGAAAAAAGCAGACAAGAUUUGUAUUAGAUUUAGAAAAGCCACCUCAACCGAUGCAAUUCAUCAAUUUGGUAGUCAGGCCAUCCAAUAGACAGCGAAGAUCAACGCAAACGUGGCGCUUUACGGAAGAAGGCCGGUUGAUGUGUGAGCAUUCAAAUAUGUGCGUUCAGGCGAAAGGAGGUAUCUUCGGUUUGCAGAGUGGCUCGGAAGCGGUACUUGGAAUGUGUGUUUCGGAAACGAAAGCUCUGAAUCGCUUUGGUGUACCUUACGAGCAGGCAAUCGAGAGGCAAAAACUGAGGCCUGGUUCAGGUUGCCUUUCCGUAACAUAUCGCAUGGAUGGACCGAUAAAAUGCAUCCAAAUAAAAGACGUGAAAAAUUUGUCAGGAGGUCCCCUUGCUUUCGACAAUUCCUGGAAGCAUGUGUCACAUAUUGUUAAUGAAACGUCUGGAAACAAUUCGAGAAACGAGCAGAAACAAUUAGCCUAUGAAAGGCAAGAAUACUAUAUUGUUGUCAAACUACGUAAAGGUAUUGGGGUUUCUCUUAUUUCCAAUCAACCCUGUGAGGAAUUGGCAUACGUUACGCUAGAGGAUAUCAACAUGGAGCUCAUCUCUACCAUGACUGUUUUUUCACUUGACUUCAGCGUGGGAGAUAUGCAAAUCGAUAAUCAAUUGUUUGAAACGUCAUGCCCUAUAGCCCUAUACACAAUACCACCGGUGAUAAACGAGUCAGCUAAUCGGUCCAGCUUAUCAUGUCUGCAACUGAAUGUUAAACUUUUACCUAGUCCCAACACAAAUGCCGUAAUAUUCGAACAUUUUAUAUUAAGCAUUCGUCCGGUUGCCGUGUAUUUAGAGGAGCGACUGAUAUUACGUUUGGUUAAAUUUACUGGGUUAGCUAAAAGUCCCAUUGACCCGACCGCUCUCCCGGAUGAGUCAGAUUACGAAGCGCAAAAGAUCGUCUACAAGGUCCUCGACGCCAAUGUAAAACGAUACUACUUUGGAGAUCUUCAGAUCGUUCCAAGCCAAAUAAGACUGAGUUUUAUUACAGCUUCCAAACUAACACCUGAGUUUGCUGAAGUGAAACGUAAUUUAGGGUUUACUUUUAUCAAAUUUGAGGAUGCAAUUAUCAAUUUUGAUAAGUUUACGCACAAAUGCCACUUCGAAACAAUGGACGCGUAUUUGAACGCUAUUAAAGCCCAUUACAAACAGGAAUUGAAAUGGCAAGCUGCGUCUAUUCUAGGAUCAGUAGAUUUUCUCGGUAAUCCACUUGGUUUUGCAAACGACCUAACCGAAGGAGUUUCUGGGCUAUUACUGGAAGGAUCUAUAUCAUCGCUAGUCAAAAAUGUAACCCAUGGAAUAUCGAAUUCAACAGCUAAGCUCACAGAGACGAUAUCGGACGGGUUAGGUAAAGUUGUUUUUGAUGAUGAACACGUCGAGGCCCGACAGAAAAUUUUGGAUGUAUCUGGAGGUAGUGGAAGCACAACUGGUGAUCAUUUAGUAGCUGGGUUUAAAGGAUUUACAUUUGGAUUGCUCGGUGGAGUAACCAGUGUAGUUAAACAUACCUACAAUGGCACUGUAAAUGAUGGGUUUUCAGGAUUUAUAACCGGCCUUGGAAAAGGGCUGGUAGGAACGGUAACAAAACCUGUCAUUGGAGUGCUUGAUCUAGCAUCGGAAACGGCGAAUGCCGUUCGAGAGCAGAGUAAAAGUUCUAGUAGAAUUCUUCCCGAACGGAAACGCCAUCCGAGGGUCGUAACUGGAGCACCUGGUGGCUUACUUCCGCCAUAUUCUAGUCUUCAAAGCAAAGGUCAGCAAUAUCUGUUUUUAAUUAACAAAAGAAAUUUUAAUGAACAAUUCAUGGCAUAUGAACCGUGCCUGUUGGAUACCAAAGAAUCAAAAAUGCGCCUGCUUGUCUCCGCCGAGCACGUGUGGGGUUUUUCGAAAAACGAGGAUACUACUACGAUAGUUUUUCAUUACCGCUUAAGCGAAAUCAUUUCCUGCCAAGCGGUUACUGUCCCUCCACCGGGAACUUCCAACGAACCAAAUGCCAAUGCUACGCGAACGAAAAAAUCAACGACCUAUAUUGAAUUUUGUCUUAUGCUACCAUCCAAGUCUCUUACACCAAGUGCACCAGAAAUGGUGAAACGACCACGAGUACGCUGCCAGAACGAAGAGAUUGCUAAGAAAAUUUGUCAUCACAUAAACUUUGCAAAAUGUAUCUACGAUGAGCGCGAACAAACCUUAAACUCAAAUACUGUGAUCGAACCAUGAGGGGACAGAUCUCCUCUUGUCUACUACACUAAUGUAACGAUUUCGUACCGAAGGGUAUGUGGCUACUGGCGCCUCUGGAAAACCGAAGUCGUUUAGCUUACGUCUGUUAAUAUGUUCUAAGCCAAAUUUAUUUCCGUUUAAAGAGGCAAAACGAAUUAUACUAUAUUUGU